UCUCUCCAUUCAUUUUAAUCCUUCCAUUUACUUUCCCUUUGCCCCCGUGACCCCUCCUCUCUGUUGUUAGAAGCUGACUUGCAGGAAAUCUGCUGCUGCGCUCAGGAAGGCACAACCCAGGAUGAGCCCAGCCUGCACAGAGCAGGAAGAACAAUCAGCAGAAGACGGGGCCGUGCAGCCUCAGACCUCCAGGACAGGACAUGGAUGAAGAGGCCACCUGCUCCAUCUGCCUGGACCACCUGCAGGAGCCGGUGACCAUAGGGUGUGGGCACAACUUCUGCCGAGCCUGCAUCACCCGAUACUGUGAGGACACUGUCCGUGGCUCAGGCGACGCCGUCCCCUGUCCCAGCUGCAGAGCAGAGUUCCAGAUCGGGAGCUUCCGGCUCAACACUCAGCUCAGAAACCUGGUGAAGAAGAUUAAGGAGCAGAGUCUGAAACCAGGAAAGGAGCAGAUGGAGAAUCAGUGUGUGGAGCAUGAGGAGAUACUCAAGCUCUUCUGUGAGGAGGAUGGGGAAGCCAUCUGUGUGAUCUGCAGGGAGUCCCAGGCUCACCGGGGUCACACAGUGCUCCCCAUCCAGGAGGCUGCCAGCAAUUACCAGGUAGGUGACACCACUGACCUGAGAGAGCCCAUUGCACAGACACACACUUACCUCGACAGAGAGGGAAUCAAGUCUGAGUGUGAGAAGCUGCGUCGCUUUGUGAGCGAGGAGGAGCAGCGGCUUCUGCAGAGACUGGAGGAGGAGGAGAGGGAGACUCUGCGGAGCCUGGAGGCGAACGUAGCCCAACUCUCCCGGCAAAGCUCCUCUCUGUGCACACUGAUCUCGGAGAUAAAGGAAAAGAGCCGGCAGACACCUGCUGAGCUGCUGAAGGAUGUGAGAAGGACCUUGGACAGGAGCAAGGAUGUGAAGCUUCAGGAAGCAAAAGCUGUUUCCACAGAACUGAAGACCCCGUGCAGCAUCCCAGGGAUGAUGGAAAUGCUGAGGAAAUUCAGAGGGGACGUGACUCUGGACCCAGGGACGGCAAAUCUCAACCUCAUCCUGUCUAAGGAUCGGAAAUGUGUGAGACUUGGAGACAAGCAACAGGCUCUACCUGACACCCUGGAGAGAUUUGAUACUUGUCCCUGUGUCCUGGGCUCAGAGGGGAUCACGGGCGGGAGGCGCUACUGGGAGGUGGAGGUGGGAGACAAGACGGACUGGGCCCUGGGCGUGUGCAGGGAGUCUGUGCGCAGGAGGGGGGAGGUCACAAUGACACCUGGCCAUGGAUACUGGGUUGUGUGGCUGCGGGACGGGGGUUACAAGGCUUGCACCUACUCCCUGACCCCCCUACCAGUGCACUUGCAGCCCAGGCGGGUGGGGGUUUUCCUGGACUACGAGGGGGGCGAGGUCUCAUUUUACAACGUGACCGACAGGUCCCAUCUCUUCACUUUCACUGACACCUUCUCUGGGAUCCUGUGCCCAUAUUUCUAUCCUGGUCUUAAUCGUGGGGGCAGCAACGCGGCUCCCCUGACCCUGUGCCCGGUCCCAGCCCAGCCCUGAGGGAAUCCCUGUCCCUGCCAUGACCCGUGGGGGGCACAGACUGUCCCCUCCCCGCGCCCCGACUGCCACCCCUCGGUGCCCCCGGGGUGGGGGCAGGGCUGGGGUCUCCAUCACAGGAGCUGCUCCAGCCUGGACCCU